UGGGUCAGAUAAAGCAAUAUAUUGCGGGCUUGGCAGCCGCGUUUGGUGCCUUUUGUUUGGGUUCAACUAUCGGAUGGUCUGGUCAGUUGGAGAAACCGAUCCUUGACGGAUCAGCAUAUUCGUUUUCGGUAUCUGCCAACGAAUGGGGAUGGAUAACCUCGAUAAUGACCCUUGGAGGUGCUGCCGUGUGUGUUCCCAUUGGAAUAUCGAUUGCAAUAUUUGGACGCAAGAUGGUUAUGCUUGUGAUGGUGAUACCCUACCUAUUGGGCUGGGCCUGUAUCAUUUGGGCGGCUAACGUAUUUAUGCUGUAUGUUGGACGAUUUGUAGUUGGCGCUUCUGGUGCCUCCUUUUGUGUAACUGUUCCCAUGUACACUACGGAGAUAGCAGAGAUUCAAAUACGAGGUGUUAUUGGAUGCUUCUAUCAGCUGUGGAUUGUCCAUGGGAUUCUUUAUAGCUAUGGAGUUGGCGCAGCGUUCCCGCCAAUUAUUGUCAACACACUCUGCGGUAUUUUGCCAAUCUUAUUCUUUGCUUUCUUCUUCUGGAUGCCCGAAUCUCCAGUAUACCUUGCCCAGAAGGGAAGAGACGAACAGGCAGAGAAGUCCAUGAGAUGGCUGCGUGGAGACGAUGCUGACAUCUCCGCGGAUAUGAAGGCCAUUUUGGAGGACGCGAAUAAGGAGAAGCAAAAACUUAUGGAGGGAAUGUCCCGUAUGGGCUCAAUGUGGGGAUUGUGUAUAUCAAUCACGCUGAUGUUUUUCCAACAGUUUACUGGCAUCAAUGCCAUCAUCUUUUAUUCCACAAGCAUUUUUACCAAAGCCGGCACUGGAAUAUCUCCCGAAUGGUGUACAGUAAUCCUAGGCAUUGUUCAAGUCUUUGCCACAAUUAUGGCAAUCAUGAUGGUCGAUAAAUCUGGACGUAGAGUUUUAUUGCUAAUUUCGGCAAUAUUGAUGUGCUUGACAACCCUGAUGAUGGGAUUGGAUUUUCACUAUCUAAAGGACGCGAAUGUUGGAUGGCUGCCGGUCUUCUCCACGUGUUUGUUUAUGGUCGGAUUCUCGAUGGGAUUUGGUCCCGUGCCCUGGCUGGUUAUUGGCGAGAUGUUUGCAGAGGACAUGAAGCCACUUUUGGGCUCUAUUGUCGGCGUUUGCAAUUGGCUCUUUGCGUUCUGUAUUACCAAAUGCUUUCCAAUCUGCUUGGACAUUUUCGGUGGGGCAGCAACGUUUUGGUUAUUUGCAAUUAUCUCAUUCUUGGCCUGUGUCUUCAUUAUUUUGCUUGUGCCAGAGACGAAGGGCAAAACAUUAAACGAAAUUCAAGAACUGUUUGGAGGCUAAUCGAAACAAAGAACAAAUUUUGUAGUGAACCAAAUUUUAUUUGUCAAUUAAUAUAGGUAUUCCUGAAACAGAUUCAGAUUUGGUUUUAAACCAGAUCAUAAGCAAAUCUGAAUCCGUUUCAGGAACCCUUUAAACACACUGAUUUGAUUUUGAUUUCGUGAACAGCUGAUUAACAUCGCCGUUUCUCCAUAGA